AUGCUUUUGAUAGCUUGCGGAAUAAGACUUUUGACGUUGGUCAUCACCCUGAUGUAUCUGGCUCCGUCUACCGGAGAUGAAGACGAAGACGAAUUUGAACUGCCCGAUUCGUUUGCUUUGGGCGAAUUAGCUCCAGAAGUUCUUGACUAUAACCUCUUGGAUGCAGUCACUAUUCCACUUCAAGACCCGAAAACUCAAUAUGUGGACGAAAGCGAAGACGGUUUUCCCGCUUUCGGUUUCCGGGCGGGAGCCGACGUGAAAAUGGCUUACAAACAAAUUUUGCCGGACUCGUUGAGCGAAGAAUUUUCCAUCCUGCUUAACGUCAAACCGAAAACCAGCAAAGGUGGCUUCGUGUUUGCUAUAAUUAAUUCUAUGGAGACCGUUGUAGAAUUGGGAGUAAGAAUAUCGCCGGAAAACGGAUCAACAACAACCCUGUCACUGUACUACUCGGACGCUGAAAUACCAUCGAACACAUUGGCCAACUUUACAGUGCCGAAAUUUACACACAAAUGGACCAAGUUUGCUUUUAGAGUUACACCGAAUGACGUCACGUUGUUUUUCAAUUGCUCCGAAACCGAAACCGCGCCGCUGGUAAGGAAACUCGGUAAGAUUACUUUUGGCAGUGCUUCCACCUUGUAUUUGGCCCAAGCUGGACCUUUGAUUGGCGAACCAUUCGAGGUGGAAAGGACAGAUUACCCUCCGUACCGGAAAGAAGACUCCGGCGAAGGUUUAGGGACGUUUCCGCCUCCGCCGCCACCGCCAGACGGUAAGAUCUGUUUCUGCGGCUCUGAUAACGAGAAUUGUUGUAAUUUUCUUUUUAAUGAACCACAAGCUGCGGGAAGAUUUAAGGGCGAAAAGGGUGAUAGGGGUCAAAGGGGGUCACCGGGAGAAGCUAUCAGAGGUCCUCCUGGACCUCCGGGACCACCAGGAUUACCAGGAGUACAAGCACCAGAGACCAUUUGCACAUGUAACAUCACUUCAAUCCUCAGCACAAUGGGGAUUAAUUUGCCAUAUUCACCAGCCAUACCAUCAAUAUCAGGAAAAGAAGGAUUGCCUGGUUUGCGAGGAGAACCAGGAAGACCUGGAGAGAAGGGACCUAUGGGACCUAGGGGAGAAAAAGGAGAAAGAGGUGAACGAGGACCUCCUGGCCCACCAGGACCACCUGGAAGCAGAGGUGAGCAAGGAAAAGAUGGUGCGCCAGGUUUACCAGGUCCGCCUGGACCUACAGGACCUCCGGGGCCUACAGAAAUUGAUGGUGUAAAUGGUUCAGGCGCACCGAUAAUCCGGCCGGGUAUUCCUGGUAGUAAAGGUGAACCCGGACAACCGGGCGAAACGGGAUCGAAGGGUGAAAAAGGACAGAGUGGCACCAAAGGGACUACAGGCUCCAAAGGUGACAGAGGAGAUCGGGGGUUGCCUGGCGAAAAAGGGGCACAAGGUGUGAAAGGUGAAUCUGGAUUGGAUGGUUUUCCUGGUACGCCAGGUACUCAGGGUACCAAAGGUGAUGUUGGUCCGCCAGGUCCUCCAGGAAUUCCAGGUGUUCUGACCAAUGGCAGCAAUUCUACCGCACUUAUCACUUGUCCACCUGGACCGCCUGGUGUUGAUGGACGGCCUGGACUUAAAGGCGAAAUGGGCGAAAAAGGGCCGCGAGGACAGCCAGGACCUCAAGGACUUCCUGGCGAAAAAGGAGACGCUGGUACUGACGGUGCCAUAGGGCCUGUAGGGCCUCCCGGGUCCAAGGGGGAGAGAGGAGAACGAGGCCCUCCGGGAGAGUUGUUUUUGAAAAAGGGAGAGGGCGGUGAAGAGCAGAUUAUCACGUUAAAGGAAACAUUAAAGUUAGCAGAACAUUUACAAAAACAAAUAAGUAAACAACCCCAAUCAUCCAUUUAUAAUAAGUUUGAUAUUUCUGAGCAAUUCUUGUAUUGCUUGCUGAAAGCAACCAGUCUUGGGCUAAUAGAAAAGCAAAAACGAAAGAAGCCCCCAGAGAAGAAAACUCCGUUGUCAAUACAACAUCAUCAGUAA